ACUGAAAUACAGACCAGUGAUGAGAUACAGUGGCUGUUUGGAGCUGAAGAGACUCUCAUAGCUGAAAUCAGAAGAAAGACCAGAGAGAUUACUAAAUAUGAGGGUCCUAAUGGGAUAUUCAGACACAGACUGAAGCUGGACGAGACGACUGGAUCACUGAUCAUCAAGCUCAUCCUCACUGAACACACUGGACUUUAUACUCUGAAGAUCAGAAGAGGCAGAGAAACCUUAUACAAAAGAUUUAUUGUUUCUGCCAAAGAGAGGAUGAUAGAAGUGAUGGAGGGAAAAUCUGUCACUCUAAACCCUGAGACUGUAAUACAGAGAGAUGAUGAGAUGCAGUGGCUGUUUGAUGAUAAAGAGCAGCAGACUGUCCUGGCUGAAAUCAAGACCACAGAGGUGACUAAAUAUGAUGGUCCUGAUGAGAGAUUCAGAGACAGACUGGAGCUGGACAAGAAGACAGGAUCACUGACCGUCACAAAGUACACAGCUACACACUCUGGAGUCUACACUCUGAAGAUCAGAAGAGGCACAGAAACCUUAUACAACAGAUUCAACAUUUAUUAUAAAGAGGAGAUAGCAGUGAUGGAGGGAGCAUCUGUCACUCUAAAACCUGCUACUGAAAUAAACAAAGAUGAUUUGAUACGGUGGCUGUUUGGAGAUGAAGAGCAGCAGACUCUUAUAGCUCAAAUCAAAGGAGAGACCAGAAAGAUCGUUACACGUGAUGAUGCUGCUGGUGGGAGAUUCAGAGACAGACUGAAGCUGGACGAGACGACUGGAUCUCUGACCAUCAACAACACCAGAACCACAGACUCUGGAGUCUAUUCACUAGAGAUCAGAUCCAGCAGAGGGGUUUCAGACCAGACAUUUAUUGUCACUGUCAAAGAUAAAGUGGAGGUGAAAUCACUGAGUGAGGGAGAUUCUGUCACUCUAAACCCUGAUACUGAAAUACAGAGAGAUGAUCAGAUCCUGUGGAUGUUUGGAGCUCAAGACCAUCUCAUUGCUCAAAUCAGAGGAGGGACAGUAGAGACAUAUGAUGAUGGUAAUAAGAGAUUCAGAGAGAGACUGAAGCUGAACAAGACGACUGGAUCACUGACCAUCAAAAACAUCAGAGCUGAACACGAUGGACUCUAUAAACUACUGACCAUCAGCAGCAGCAGAGGGAUCUUCUACAAGAAAUUCAUGGUUUCAAUACGCGUGGAGUAUGUGUCAGUGACUGCAGGAGAUUCUGUCCAUCUAUCCACUGGUCUUACUGGAAAACACACAGAUGAUGAGAUACAGUGGAGGUUUGGAGAAGAAGUGAGUCCCCUAGCUGAAAUCAAAGGAGAGACCGUAGAUACAUAUGAUGAUCCUGAUGAGAGAUUCAGAGACAGACUGGAGCUGAACAAGACGACUGGAGAUCUGACCAUCAAGAACUCUACAGCUGAACAUACUGGAUGUUAUAAAGUGAAGAUCCGCAGCAGUGAAGGGAAUAAAAACAGGACAUUCUUUGUUAUUAUCAGCGGUGCUGCUGUCACACAUGAAGCGAGGAAGAAAUCAGAGAUGAAGGAGAAGAAUGACUCCAGAGAGAACCGAGGGAAUGAAUCAGUGACUGUAGAGAUGCCGCUGUUGAAUGGAGAGGAUCCUGAUGUAGUGAACGAGGAGGAGGGGACGAGUUCACUUUAAUAACAUAAGACCCGCCCACCAGUGUCAAUCAUUCUGACAUCAUCAACAUUUCAGCUCCAGCUACAACAACAAAACAUUUUGGAUUUGAAAGAUGCUAUGUGUUAUUACUCUGACUCUACCAACAUAUCUAAAAAUAUAUAUUUUCAUCUUUUUUAUUUUGUUUGGCAAAUUUUGAUGGGCUCAAUUCCUACUCUCACAUUUUCUGAUUGAGGUUGACUCACUGCUCGUCUUUUUUGUUUGACUAGCAAAAGAAAAAAAAAAAGUCAGGUUUUUGAAAAAAUUAAUUUCUAUUGACUCUGAUUAAGUUCAGACAGCUCUCUUUCGUUGCUCUUUAUUUUAUUAUUAUUAUAUUUUCCCCUUAUUGUAAGCUACCUUCCCCUUUGUUUUAAUUUUCCUAAUCAUGUGUAUACAGUUAUUCUUACUUAUAUCUUCUUUUCUUUGAUAAUAUUCAUGUUUUUUAAUAAUUAAAAAAAAUAAAAAAAUCUGAUCAAAAGAAAAAACAACAACAAAAUUGUUCUGCUUUCAUGAGCCUCUAGAAUCCGUCCAGUGAAAGUGAGAAAUGUUAAACUUGCAUGUACAAAGCUUCUUUGGUUUCAGAUUGACCAAGAAACAUGUUUAUCAAACACUUUCAUGUCAUUUUAAUAAUGUUACGCUUCAUACCUGUUACUUUAUUAACAUAAUGCUAGUUUGACUCUCACAGAUUUGAUUUCAUGUGAUUGUAGACAGUGAGAGUCAGAAAGUGUCAUGUAUGCUUUUAAUAAGACGUUUUAUCACAGCAGUAUUUCUCUAACCAUUGUAUUCACUGUUUUUAUAUAAUUAACAGCAGUUCCAGAUUAAUGUUGAUGUUCAGUAUUGAUUACAGUCUGUUUUCAAAGAUCUGUAUUCAAGCUGAAGCACUUGAAAUGAGCUUUAUUGCACUUGUAGCAAAAACAUGUAAAAUCACAUUUGUUCAGUUCUAGUAUUGAUAUGAUACCACAUGCGUUGUGCUUUGUGUUGUUUUAUUAAAUUUGUCAAAAGCAUCUGCUUGAUGAAUGUUCAUGUUGGAUAUUGAUAUAUCGCUGAUCUUAAUGUUGGAUAAUUUCUGUCAUCUAGUGGACAAACACUGAUACAGAUGUUGCUUCCUAACAGCUGUUUUUAAAUGCAACACAUUAACAAUGUGCCUAAAUAUACAUUUGUAUGUACUAAAUAUAAUAAAAACAAAUUGUGUGAGAAAUGUUGCUGCAUACUGUAUGUUCUAU